AUGAAAGCUCUGUGGUUUGCCUUCCUUUGCCUAUUCCCUGAAGCAAACGAAGCCAAAAAAUACUCAAAGUGUGAAUUGUAUGAAGAACUGAAAAAAUAUGGAUUGGAUGGUUACAGUACAAUUGGCAUAGGUCACUGGAUAUGUUUGGUCCUCUUUACCAGUAGGUACGACACUGAGCAUUACGAGUAUGCGGAAGGACAACCCUAUUACGGUUUAUUUCACCUGAGUGGCCUGAUAUGGUGCACAAACGGGAGACAUAGCACCCAGAACAUUUGCAAGAUAGAUUGUGAGCAAUUCCUAGAUGACAAUAUUGCAGAUGACAUUAAAUGUGCUAAGGAAGUGGCCAAGAGUAAAUCUGGGAUGAUGUCUUGGAUACGUUUUCAAGAAUACUGCCAUCACCCUAUGCCUGAAAUAUUGUAUUGGGAAUGUACAUGA